UCGAGUCAGUCGCACGAUCGGGCGAGUAGCGAGUCAGUUUCGCACGAGCAACACGCGCGAGCAAACGCUUUCCUCGCAUUUUAUUCGAUCGUCGUAACUCGCGCACGACACAUGGGCGACGCAGUGCCACUCCACUCUCGGAAAAUUUAAACAGAAUUCGUUAAAUUGGGAAACAAUCGACUCGCAGUCCCGAACACGAGUACAGACACCGAUUGUUCUCCGAUCCCGCGUGCCAAAAUCUCCGCGAUCCCCAUUUUAAAUUCGAUCUUUCUCAAUCUCUCUUUUCCUAUUUCUUUACCUUCGAACGACCAUUGUUGCAGGAGUUUUUAAGAACAGACGGUUCUUUUUUUUUUUUUUUUUAUGAAAUUUGAUUCCAAUGUAAUUUAUUUGGUGGAUCGAAGUACUACUCGAAUGAAAGAUCGAACGAUCGAACGGUUUUCGAGGUACUACAGUUUGGCGGGAAACAAUCGGCGGUGGUUCCUUGGUAUCUAACGAAUUAUGCAUUAAAUUGAUUCGAACACCUGACGGUACACGAGGUGCGACGGAAAAGUGGAGUGAAUCUCGGCGGUCGUGUGUAUGUGUGUGUAUGUGUGAGUGAUCGAGAGAAAAUCACGCGGAACAUCCGUUCGCGGUACGAGAAAGAGAUAACACUAUAACGAACAUAAAACGUGAACGUAUCGCAAAGAAACGAAAUAGCUGCACAGCCAGGCAGUGCUAUGAAGAAUACGCAAACCAACAAUUAUGCGGGCGUGAACGGUAAGCAAGUCUCGAAUGGAAAGGAAGAAAUCGCCGACAACGAGGAUGAGGUCGAUGCCGUGCAGGAAGCAAUCGGGACCCUUGGAAGAUGGCAGAUCUACGUCUGCCUGGCAAUCUCCCUGGUCAAGUUCCCGAUCGCUUGGCAUCAGCUCGCGAUCGUCUUCAUGGCGCCGCAUCAAGAGUACAACUGCACCGCGCCAGCUCGAUCAGAAUCGACCGACCAGUGCCUAGUCAAUGUCAAUGGUACUUUGGCAGAGUGCACGGAGUGGGUGUACGACAGGAGCACGUUCUCCGAGACGAUAAUAUCGCAGUGGAACUUAGUAUGCAGUCGAUCGCAUUACGCCAAUAUCCAGCAAUCUAUUUUGAUGUUCGGCGUACUUUUGGGCAAUAUUAUAUUCGGCAAUCUAGCAGAUAGGUAUGGCAGGAAGAUGCCGUUGAUGGUAGCCGUAGUUCUUCAAUUGGUUUCCGGUGUUGGAUGCGCUGUCGUGCCCUGGUUUCCGGCACUGUUGUUAAUGAAAUUACUUAGCGCCUUGGCCACUGGAGGUACAAUGGUCACUAGUUAUGUUAUCUGUAUGGAGAUCGUUGGUACAAAAUGGCGCGCGGCCAUCACGGUACUUUACCAAAUUCCAUUCAGCCUGGGUCACAUGUCGCUGGCCGGACUUGCAUUUUUCUUCCGUCAUUGGCAACACCUGCAAAUCGCGAUCACUCUUCCUUCCGUCAUUCUUCUGGGUUACUGGUGGAUCGUACCUGAAUCACCAAGAUGGCUGCUAGCUUUCGGGAAGCAACGGGCGGCUUGCACGGUUCUGCAAAAGGCUGCCAAUAUAAAUAAGAUAAAAAAUAAGGACAUUCCAGAGUUGGUCAGGCAGCACUGUUUGCAUCAAAACUCCAGGCGAUCAGAAUCGGACAACAAAGCAUCGUUCCUCGAUCUGCUCCGCACUCCAAAUAUGAGGAUCAAAUCCUUGUCGAUUUUCUUUAAUUGGAUCGUCUGCGGCAUGGGACUUUUCGGAAUGUCGCAGUACAUAGGACAAGUCGGCGGCGAUAUUUUCGUAAAUUUCACUGUCUCUGGCGUGAUACAGAUACCUGGAAACUUCGUCGCCUGGUGGUCGAUGAAUCGAUUGGGCAGAAAGAUUACGUUGAUCGCCAGCAACUCGAUCACCGGUGUCGCUGCUCUUCUACUUAUUGUGAUUUCAGACAAUAUGGCGUGGCUUCGAUUGGUUCUAGUCUGUUUUGGCAUCGUUGGCAUGUCAGUCUCCUUCACGACCGUUUACCUGUUUUCUGGUGAAUUGUUCCCCACGGUUGUUAGAAAUAUUGGCGUGGGCACCAGCAGCAUGUGCGCGAGAAUAGGCUCCAUCACGGCGCCGUUUGUGGUGUCUCUGGGUCAAGUACAAGCGUGGCUGCCGCCGGCGUUUUUUGGAAUCCUGCCACUCAUCGGCGCCGCUCUGUGUCUUUUGUUGCCAGAAACUGUUGGAUGCACGCUUCCGGAGACUCUUCAAGACGGCGAAGACUUUGGAAAGAAGCCACGCAAGAUAAAGAAGAAUCCGAAGGACGUCGAAGCGGAGGCGGCGCUUUGAACGAAAACUGCACCAAACGCGAAAGAGUGCUUGGUAAAAGUUUGAGAACGGAAAAAGAUGACGGAAAAAUGUUGAAAUUGAGAACAUCGAUUUUCCUAGAUUAAUUAGAUGUACAUAUAAGUAAUACUGAGAUCAUUCCGCGUUUUUAUUUAUUGCAUUACAUCCUCAAUUUUAUUGAUAUUAGUAGAAUCGUUGUUUCUCUUCAUACACGUGAAACGUUUCUUUACAGAAUAUCAAUUUCAUAUUCAAACGAAUUUUUUUGUACAUUCGUGCCCGACGAAUUCAAUCGACAGAUUUACGCACGAUUGUGAAAUCAGGUAGGAAUACUGUCAGAAAUUUCGAUUCGUUCAGAAAAUAUUCUUGACAUCGACCUUAUGCGAAGAAUUGAAGAAAAAAUGUUACCUACUGCCAAAUAACAGUUUUAAGGGAAGUGCCUUGUACCAUUUGUAUGCGAAUGCAUAAAUAGAUCUUAUAUUUUAUAA